UAUAAACUGCUAGAGGUAAAUUUUUAGUCGUUACUGGUUUUCGACAGCACAUACUGACUGAUAACUGACUUAAAAUGAUUUUGCAAAGAUUUUUAAUUAAGGUGCUAUUUAUGUUCAUAGUUAUAAAUCACCGUGUAUUAUGUGAUAAAAAUUCAGAUGAAUAUAAUAAACCGGAUAUAGCUAGAGUAGGCAAAACAAGAAGAGAGAAAAUGAGGCAAAAUACAGCUGUAGGUACAUUUUCAAACGUGAUAACACAGAUACAAAAUUUACCCAAUAUGGAGCUUGGUAGAAAAUUCAGAACACCGUGUAAAACUGGUAAUAAAUGUGGAAAAGUGAUUAAAAGGCUUAUGGUUCCAAAAUUAGCUCAACUUGAAAACACAAUUAUGGGGGUAAUGAAGGAACUGGCUAAAAUGCCUCCUGGAUCCCGACUUCCGGAUAAAUAUACCAAAACUGAACCAAUCAAAUUGUUACUAGAUCAAAAUUAUAAGGAAGAUGUCUGUAUGGAUAAACUGGAAUCUUGUUUAAAAGAAGACAAACGUCGUAAACGUAUUCUUAAGAAAUUGUUUUUCAAAAAGUACAAUGCGAUACGACAAGAAUUGAUUGGCUAUGGUGGACGACGGCUGUGGGGAGGGGAAGGGAAUUUGUUCUAUAGAUAGUUUUGUGAAUUUUAAAUAAAAUUAAUUCUAUAAUAAAUUGAUAUCCU